CGAUUGUGAUGUGGGUUAAAGUGGGUCCUGGUGAUCGCGCCGUAGACGGCGGCGGACGCGCGUUGUGCGGCGCUGUACUUCGUGAGUUACGCAUUGGCUGGUUUGGUUCUUCCCACUACGCUUUCACGAACUCGUUAGGCGGUGCUAUUGGCUUCGACAUGUAGGCGCUCGUGGCAGAGUUGUAUGGCUGAGACGUGGAAGUUAAGGUACGAGGAAAUGAGCUGAUUGGGCCCUAGUCAUCAACAGCGAGUUAUCAAACUAGGAUCCAAAAGCUCAAGAGCGCAAGACGAAGACGGAUUCGUGAGGAUUUUGACGAACAAAAGGUAGAGACAAGGAGGUUGGCGGGUAUUGUGACCGAGCACUGCCGAAGCGGAAGAGGGUGACGUGCGCAGACGUGCGCAGUGACUCUACAGCAUGUCCCAUUUUUAUUUCCACAUUCCGCAGGCGUUACGCUGGCCUUUAUCUCCUUCACAGGGCUGCCAGCAAGAUAUCUUCCAAUCCCGACUCUCCUUGACUCACCCUCUCCAUUCGCGGAACCAGAUCUACCAUGGUUGUCAAAGACGAGUUCCUGACCCCAGACGCAGAAGAUGCUCCCCCUGCAUAUGACGUCGUUGCAGGUUCUCGCCCAAACGAGCCUCGGGAUGAGAAACAUCAGCCUCAAUCCUCGUCGUCCUCGUCGGCGGCAGGAGGUCCUUCAAGAUUUGCCGUCCCUCCCAAAGUGAAAUCAAAGCCAUCUACAUCCUGGCUCUCCGCCUUCCCGUUCACCACCUCCCGCACGACAAAGCACGUCCGUCAGACCACCCUCUCCCUCGUCCGCGACCUUGUCGUCGACUCGCACGCACAUACAUCCGAGCCCCCUCCCGCAACUGCCAUCCUCGCGAGCUGUGCAGACGCAUGUGCGUCCAACAAGCUCGACCUCUCCAGCGUGCUUCAAGAGCCAUCUAUCGAGGGCCACACCCCCAUGUACUGGGCGAUCGUGAACGGACGUGAGCGGGAGCUUCUGGCGGCUCUGCUGCUGCACACCCCAUCGCUGACGCCAGCGUGCGUUGCGGAUAUCAGGCUCGCAUGCCUGGCAGUCUCGAAUCAGGCGCUGUUCCAAGCGCUCAGGUUGAGGGCGGGACCGUUCCACGGGUUGAUUCCGUGGACGACGUUUGGGUCACACUCAGGUGCCGACUCACUCAUCCUGGGCCCACUUGCGCCCGACCAGAUCAAUAUCGAGGAAGUCGAGGGCGAAAGCGCAUUCGUCGCAACCUUUUCCAUCAAACUCUGGCACAAGCGAAUGCGCAUUGGUGGACGAGCGGGUGUCGAGUUCAUAGCACGAGGGCGCAUAUGGUCUCUCAUGUUCUUCGCCACACCACCGACGCCCCAUCUCGCCACCUCGCAGACGACAGGCCCCUGGCAGGUCGCGCUCUCCCUCCUCGAGCACAGCCCCGCGACACCCGUCGACUCCAGACUCGUCAUCGAGCCCUUCCGCAAGCCAUCCUCCAAACCCUCCACCCCGACGUCGCCCAAUCCCCCAUCGAGCGAUAGGAAAACCCCGCCCUCAGAAUCCGAUUCUCCCGCGCCGACAUCACGCCCCAGCUCCGGCCUCUCCCUCCAGAUGCCCACUCUCAGCGUCCCGGGCAGCCUCGGCGGCGGAAAAGGCAAGCAGAAAUCAAAGGCGCUCAAGCCGGUCGAAGUUCGCAUGAACACGAGCGGGGACUACCGCCUCGCGUACCGCUCCUCGUCUAUCCUCGGCACCGCGCUCGACACGACCGCGAGCGCGCUCCUCUCGGGCACAGCGGGGAGCUGGAGGGCACCGGCCAUGGAUUAUUGGUACGAUGAGGGGGCGUGCAUGAAUGCGGUGAUUCAGCCGUUUGCGAUCGGGGAGAGUGGUGGGUUGAUGUAUGAGGACUCGCCGUAUCUCGCUGCGGACGGGACGCUCCAUGCGCGUCUGGAGGCUCGCCUUUCCAAGUCGACGGACUCGGACUGCGUCAUAUGCUGAUCCAGUCGCCGUCAUCGGCUCUUCCCUCCUCCCGUGUGGUCCCUUGCGGCCUUACUUGGUCGCGCGCAGCUUGUUUGCCGGGAGCCCCACCAUACCGUACCGUGCACCUCCUAUGCCAUCGACGAUCCAACGGGUAUCAUACAUGGCUUGCACCUCCAAUCGUCCACCUGUUUCUCCCUCUGGAAUCGCCCGAUACGUCGCCUGCAGCUACGGAUUUCGCUAUUCUGCUGGGUUCACUCCCUCUCGGGGCUCCAGCUCGAGCACGGAUAUCUCACAUACACGACUGAGCGUGCCGGCAUUCAGGUCGCUGAUUCUAGCAUGCGCUUGGUAAGCCGCUUGAGACUCCUGAUUCGUCUCGAACAAUGCGGACGACAGUUUUAUAUCUUAAUUCACCCUCAGUGCGCGGCGCUGACCACGGACUUGAGGCACCAGACGUUGUAUUUCCAACACGAUAUUUGUAUAUGUACUUAUACCCUUACUUCCUUGUGUGCUUGAGCAUCAUGUCUAUUCG